AUGCGAUCCAUUCUCUCCUACUCGAUUCUCACUACUUUUCAUCUCAAAUCAUACUCUAACUCGCGAAUCGCAACAGAAGUGAACGACGCUGAAGCUUGUCAAAUUGCGCUUGCAAGAUUCAAGAUGAGAUCGGCAUACCAGCGAAACAAAGACGAUGCCAACGAGUGUCUUGCCCUCGAUGUUAUGUUUUUGUAUGCGCGAAGGGUUGCGUCUUCUGGUGGCAAUUCAAAAUUUCUUGCGUUGCGGUUUGUUACCUUGCGAAAUUUGACGAAAUUUGACGGCGUUGAUUCUCUGCGCAAGAAUUUAUGGGGGGAGAGUGCAAGAAGAAUCCAGAAGAAAUUUUGUUAG